AUGAAGGCUGCCGUCAUUUCCAGUCUUUUGGCCCUUGCGGCCCAGACUGCCUACGCCCAGGUCAAAGGCACCCCGGAGGGUUUCGCGGCCGGAACUACCGGUGGUGGUAGUGCUAAAGCUGCCACGCCGUCCAGUCUACAGCAGCUCGCCGAGUGGAUCACCGACAGCACUCCCCGUACCAUCCUGAUCGACCGCACCUGGGACUUUGCCGGCACCGAAGGAUCGACCUCCGGCCAGUGCUGCAGCACCAGAACAACUACCUGCGAAGGCGGCACGUCGAAGGGUCAGGCUUGGAUUCAGGAUAAAUGCGAUGAUGGCACCUGGGUGUCCUGCACUUAUGACAACGCUGCUCGCAAGCCCUUGGACGUCGGCUCCAACAAAAGCAUCGUCGGUGUUGGUAGCAAAGGUGUACUCAAGGGCAAGGGAUUACGUAUCCGGGGUGGUAACAAGAACGUUAUCAUUCAGAACGUUCACAUUACAAACUUGAACCCUCAGUAUGUCUGGGGAGGAGACGCCUUGACUCUGGACGGAUCAGACCAGGUCUGGAUUGACCACAACAAGUUCUCCCUAACGGGUCGUCAACAAAUUGUCAGUGGCUGGGGCCAGGCCGGUCGCGUCACCAUCUCGAACAACGAGUUUGACGGCCGCACCGAGUGGUCUGCUGGAUGCAACGGCAAGCACUACUGGACUAUGCUUCUCAUCGGCGAGAACGACCAGUACACCUUCUCGGGCAACUGGGUUCACGACGUGUCGGGCCGCGCUCCCCAUAUGGGAACUGACAACACCGACUCGAAGAUCUUCUUCCACGGCGUGAACAACUAUUUCCAGAACAUCGGCGGACAUUCGUUUGACAUCGACACCAACACUCAUGUGCUGCUUGAGGGCAACUACUUCGAUAACGUCGAUACUCCCCUGACCGACACCUCGCUCAAGAGCGGCGCCCUGAUCUACAACGUCCCGACCGUCGACUCUGCCAGCGCCUGUACCCCCGAUCUGGGAUACAUUUGCGAAUGGAACCGCCUGAGCAACUCGGGCAAGUGGACCUCCAAGACCGACAAGGCGGUUCUAACCAAGGCGGCCGAGUAUAAGAACUCCUUGAUUGGUCAUAUUGGCGUGGCUGAUGUGCCGGCGAAGGUCAAGGCCAAUGCGGGUGUUGGGAAGAUCUGA